UUGAAACCAAGAACUAUCCAAAUCCAACUCAAACACACUUUCCUUCUUCUCUGCUCACAUGGAAUUACCGCACAUGGUUGCACUUCCCAAAUUCUUCGUUCCAAAUCCCAGAAAUUCGUGUACAACCCAAAGCAGUUCAUCAUCUCAGCUCUCGGUGUCACCACUCCAAUCAUCCUCUAACCAACCUAAGACCACCAGAACCCAUUUCAAUACACCAUCCAUGUCCGAUAUAAUGGCAUCCUCUAAAGCCCAGAACCUUGACAUUAAGCUCCAAACUCUAGGACCCUUUUUCAGGAUCACAGCUAAAAGCCUGGAGACCAGCAUGGAACUUGGAAGAGCCGAGGGGCUCUUAAGGGUCUGGUUUGGAGGUAAAAUUCUGCACCUUGAUUCAAUUAGACUCAAAAGGGAGACCCUUGGCAUGGAAAGAUCGAUUUUUGGUAUCGGUUUGUUUAUUGGGGCUGUAGGUAUUCGAUACGGCUAUGAGUGCGGUUGCAAGACUGCUGAGUUGCUUGCCAUCAAUGACUCGGAUCUUUAUCAUUCCAAGCUUGUUAGGUUCUACAAAAGGUUAGGGUUCAAGGCUGUGCAUGAAGUGACUGGUUCAACAAUUGGGGAUAUGGCCCAUAUGCUAAUGUGGGGAGGAAUUGGGACUCGGAUGGAUGCCAGUAUAGAUGAGCUUCUAGUAAAAUGGUGCACAAGGUUCAAGUCCCAAUCUGAUGUUUUGAAUGACUGAAUUUUUGUUAAACGAAGCCCAAGUGCAUAAACAUAUCAGAAUUUGUUGAUGCAUCAAUGGUUUUAUACUACAGCUGCAAUGGAAGUUUUUGGGUUUUGAAACCUCCUUUCAGCCCUCAAAUUUACAUUUCAAGAAUCAAGGGGCAGAGUGUAGUUACACUACUUCUUUUCCCUUUUCUGAUCCAAUAGUUACACAAGUUUAUUCCGCAAAAUUGUGAUAACAAUACGUUGGAUUUCGUCAUGCUGAUUGCAAUUUCAAGCAUAGCAAGAUAUAGUGAUUGAAGCAUUGCAACUUCAACUUGGGAUUAGAAACUGAAAUGAGUAGAGGUCAAUUGCAACAAUGCUUGCAGAAAUCAUUGU